CUUCAACAUUGUGAUUCCCAUAAUUUCAGUUUCAGGCGCCUACGAGGUUGAGCGUCAAGCCACUCACGCUGCUUCAAGUCGCUUCCUUUGAUUCAUGGCACGCCGAUUUUGAGCGGGUCCGGGACAGGCGCUAGAAAAGUGAUGCCACAAUGCGCUUGCUUACGAACGGCCGGCCGCGUGAGAGUCAGCCUUUGGGUUCUCAACAGUCUAUUCGCAAGCAAUCACUCGUCGUAUCAAGCGAAAGAGCUCUCCUCCUUGGGAACGCGAACCUUCCGUACUUCAUCAACCUCCAAAGCGCGAGGCGACGGCCGCUGGGGACUCUCCCCUCUGUCCCGUCCAAUUGAACCUCGCAAGUCAUAUUCACUCAAGGAGGAGCUGCACCGGCAAAAAGCGUUUCUGAGCGGAAAUUUGGAUUCCCUGAAAGAACAACAAGUCGUCGCGCCAUCAAGGACAGCUGUAGAAUAUGUACAGGAAUGGGAUGACAGUGCUUCAGCGCCGAAAGAUAACUCUGUAUCUGAUGCUUCAGUGCCGACAGAUGGCUCUGCUCAGGAUGCACCAGCGCUGGAAGAAUCCUCAACUUAUAAAGCCUCGGUGCCGACAGAUGACUCGGCUCAGCGUGCGGCAGCGCCGGAAGACUUGCCUACCCCCGAUGAUUCAGUGCCGACAGAUAACUCGGCUCAGGAUGCAACGGAGCCGGGAGAUUCAUCUGCCCAUGAUGCUUCAGUGUUAACAGAUGACUCUGCUCGGGAUGCAUCAGCGCCGGAAGAGUCCUCUGCUCACGAUACUUCUGGGCCGACGGAUAGCUCUAUUCAGGGUGCAUCCGCGCUGACAGAAUCCAUCGCUUAUGAUGAUUCAGUGCCGAAAAAUACUCCUAACAGCGAAGAUCUCUACUCGAAAGCAAUCCGGGGCAUUCCUACCGUAUCUCCGGAUCCAGACAUCGCUAGCACCUCGGAUUCAGGGGGCAUCCCCGUGCAAUCACACGAGAUGCUCGCGGCGGAUGGUGGUCCGACCGCGCAGGAGGAACGAGCGGAUAUGGAUGUGACCGAGACGAAAACUGUGGCCAGCUCGGCCGUCCAGGCAGCAAUCGACGACAUGUUUUCAGGAACAAUGCGAGGGGGCAAAGAACGGUUCUCCAACAGCUUCGACUCGGGCAAUGCAGAAAGCCGAGCAAUGCCCUGGAAUCCGCUGCAAUCCGAGCUGGUAAUAGAGCGGAAAGGGCAUGUGCCGGACGCAAAAGUUCCGCAGAAGCUUCCGGAUGCGUCUAUAGACGAUGAAUACCUAGAUCCACUGAACAAGCUCCUCGCUGCCGCGUUGGAGGACGAGAGGGAGCUCCUGGAGAUGCAGUCAAGAGAGGCUGCAUCAGAUGCGUCGUUGCCGGAAUCCACCCUGCGGGAAAACACUGAAACUGCACAUGCGCAGCAUAUGACGGAAAGCGAAGAUGUGAUGGACCCGACCGAGAUUUUUGCCGAGACGAUCGACACGACCGCGAAAGAGAACCCGCCCUUUGAUGACGACGAUUUGGAAGAACGGGACCUCCAUAUUGAUGCGAGGAGAAGAGAAUACGAUGAAGAUUCGGCACAUCUCUCAUCGAAUAGCGUUGACGAAUACCAAGGCAACGAGUCGGAGCUUCACAGGGAACGGGAAUCACGCGACAGGCCUGAAGAUUGGGACGAGGUUCCUCAGGAGUAUCGUGGAUCUGGGAGGGGUGAUACUGAUGCUGCUUCAGAGCACUACAGUCGCGAGGGCUAUGGCGACCUCCAGCAUAUAGGAGAUCGCAGCUACGACAUCUACGAAGCAGCCGUAAACCCUACCGAGAGGCCAAUCACAAGUGGCCGGUCCGUUCGUGGACGUCGCAGUAGGGGGAGCACAAUCGAUGAUGGGCUAGCCCGUAACAUCCUGGACUGGCGACAUGAAAUCACUGAAGAAUUACAAAGCAUCAAACAAUCGCUUCGAAUAUUGGAAAAUAUGCCCCUUCCACAACCAUCAGACGACCCGCAGUCUCGAGAGAUUUCCGCGCAAGAGUCGAUCGAAUUCCAAACGUCCGUGUUGGAAGCGCUACAAACGAUUCAACGUAAAGUUGACGCCUUGGAAGAGAAACAAAUUGUCGACGCCAAAAAGGAAAAGGUAUCAGACUCGCAAGUGGGCGAUGAGAGCGCCCACGCAAGUGCCGAGCAAUCAGUGAUUAUAGGCGGCGUUCAUCAGGAAAGGCAGGUAACGACUCCUCAGGACGCCUCUUCCACAACGGGAGGCACCUCGUUGGCACAAAGGGCGAGGAAUCGACUAUCGCACUCGACAAGUCGUGUAGGCCUGUGGCUUGUUGACCUCGUCAGAUCGGGAGGGAAAGCCACCUGGAGGGCAAUGUAUACGUUUGCGGACUUCGCGGGCGAGUCAUUAACUUGGCUGCUUUUCCAUCUGCGCUUGGGAUUCACUCGGUUGCUAAGAGCUACGGCUGACGUUAUCGCGCCUGCUCCUCAAAAACCCGAGCCGACGUCCACAGGUGCCGAAGUCGAAGCUCCCAAGACUGCGACGAAGCCGCGACGGAAGGAGAAGGAAUUUAACACAGAUCAACCACGACGGAAGGAGAAGGAUUCCAACACAGAUCUCGUGUUUGAUGGCGCUUUGCCAUCUCGAUCCAUUCUGGUCCCAGCGAUCGUUGAAGCAUUGGAAAGAACGGGUUUGAUCCCAGGUCCCGCUCCCACUCGCGAAAAGUAUUCACGCAAGGAAAUAGAAGCAGCUGCCGACAACGUCCGGCACGUGGUCUCUGCACUUGAUCGCAUGGUGCCUGAUAUCGUCCGCGCGCUUUCAGAAGCAGGCAUACGGCCGUACACCACCGAACCUUAUCACAUUUAUGUGAUGGAUGAUCCCGCCGUUGCGGAUAAGUUCUUGCAAACGGUUAUGGGGGCCGCCAAAAAUCGCAGAAAGGAAAGCCUUCUUCGGGUAAUCGGCGUGGAUACGGAGACAGCCGCGCGACGCGGGGAGGGCAUGAAAGGGCCACCCAGCCUGGUUCAGAUUGCAUUUGCGGAUACGCUAGUCGGAAUAUUUCAGGUACAUCGCAUGUGUGAUCGGAGGGGCCAGGAUCCGAAUGGGAAACGGCUGGAUCCUACACGCUUUCCGAACCUCCUUCGCUCUCUGUUGCAGUCCGGUCAUAUCAUGAAAACUGGCGUCGGAGUCGUCAAUGACCUCCUGAAUCUGAAAGCGCAUUAUGGUUUGAGAGUUGGCGGAAUGUACAUUGACACACACCUUCUGGCGGAGAGCAUGGAUCUUCCCGCCAGGAGUCUGCAAGCGCUCACCGCCCUCUUUUGCAACGAGGAUCUGGAUAAGACCAGGCGCUCAGGAUCUUCAAUAAGAUGGGACUUGGGGCCGGCCGAGAUGGGCUGGAGCUCGGUUCUCUAUGCUGCAAACGAUGCUCGGGCCAGCCUUAUGGUGCUCAAGAAUAUGAUUCGCCGACCGCAUGCCCAGUCUGAGGGCGCACAGCGAUUGAGGGAGACCCUCAAAGUCGCCCGAGACGACGACAGGCAAAUGUCUUCGUCUUCGAAGGCGGACAAAGCAAAGGAAUUGAUCACGGACCCCGGACACGACUGGCAUACGGUGUACCACUCCUAUGCCAAAAAUGGGCUGUUUUCCGGAGGUCGUUCAGAGUCCUGGCCUGAGGCGCAAAAAUGGUUGGAGCGGAAUGUCCGUGACUGGCGGGAUCUCACGGUCGAGCAGAGGGAAGAUUGUGCAAGGUCUUGCCUGGAGUUUUGGAAGCUCAGCAAUCAUAUUGAAAGCGUUGGCAGAGGAAGAUGGCGCGCGACUCCCAUCAAAAAGGAGAUUCAACCGCAAUCACCAAGCCCAUCGACGUCUAGCAGUACCUCGAGAAAAACUGGCCCAGAGCCAACGGUAUCGCCGACAAAAAGCACGAAGGCGCUUGGAAGUCUUCAACAGAAGCCGGAGACCUCAGCGAAGUCGCCUGCGAUUUCCAAUCAACCGCCGGCAACAAAAUCGCCUGGGACGUUUUACGAAAAGCCGGAGAGCUCAGCGAAGUCGGCUGAGAGGUUUUACGAAAUGCUCAAGGUAGGGAAGUCGCCGGACGAAUCCCCCCAAAAGCCGGAGAGUUCAGCAAAGUCACCGCCGAUUCAAGCAAUCAGUUACCAGCAAUCGGAGGCUUUACCUGGAACGCCGCCGUCUGAACCAAUCGGGUCCCCAUCUACAACGUCCGAGAUUUCCGAAAACUCCUCACCGGUUGAAUCAGAUGUAAUCGAAAAGCCGGUAACUGAUGCGGCAUGCGGGGACUCUGUGCCAUCUGAACCUGUUUCCACUUCUGACAAGAAGAACGAUACGAACGAGUUCCCAGUAAAGGAGAAUGUAGACGAUUAUCUCAAAACCCUGGGGGUCCUCACUAAGAAAGAAAGAAAGGCAUUUCGAAUGGCGUGGGAGGCGAAGGAAAAAGAAGUGGCAAUUGCCAAAGGGAAGGCAAUUGAUGAAGCCAACGGAAAUUCUGCUCCACCUGAUUCUCUUCCCACUUCUGGGGAGAAGAAAGAACCGAACGAGUCCCCAGUAGCCGAGAGUGUAGACGAAUAUCUCAAAACCUUGGGGGCACUCUCUAAGAAACAAAGAAAGGCAGCUAAAUUGGCGUGGGAGGCGGAAAGAAGCGCAGCAAAUGCGAAGGCGGUUGCAGAAAGGAAGACCGAAAUGAAGGCGGAGUCGGAAGCGAAAGCGAUAAAGUUGAAGGCCACGGAAGCGAAAGCGGCGUUGCGAGCGAAGGCGAAGGAGGCGACCAAGUCUGCUACAGCCAACAACGCCCCUAAAGGCUCUUCUCAAAUUGGGGACAGCAAUCCGGAGUCACAACACAAGAAAGUCGAUAUAGGAGCUCUGCAUUUCAAAUCGAAAGUUGUAAAGGUGCCAGCUGCGACAAAGGAACUGCUGGAGGAACUUUCUCAUGAUGCGGUCCUAAAGAGCUAUGCUUCCAUUGCGCAAUUUGGAAAAUCACGGAGGGCCUUGCGGUCGAUCAUCCAAAAUUCCUUCAUGGCCUUACGUAACGUGGAUAAACAGCUGGCAGCCACAUUGGCAUCCCUGACCAUGACCAAGCUGGAGGAUUACGGCUAUCUCCGCCGCGUGAACGAUCACGAGUCGAAGUUGUUCUUUCUGACAUUGCCCGAUUCGGCGCUUCCCAGGCAUCUGCUUGACGUCAGCGAAGCGAAACUAUCGAAGAUCAUCGAGAUGAUACGUGUCGACGGUCCGUUAGACCGAACGAAGUGGGAGCAACACGUGAGGUCACGACUCGCCGCCAAUCUCGGCGAAUUUGCCAAGCCCGACAGAUCGCUUUUAAUCGCUGUUAUAUUGAGCCACGCCAUCCGGUCCGGGUAUAUGAGAUUCGACCCAGCGCACGUCACUUUGUCUUUCCCGCCCCAACCAAUUGAGUCAGGAGCUUUGUUGGAGUCCACCAUUGUCACUGCUCAAGAUGUAUCUCGGGGAGAAAACGGAAGCGGAAAAACGACGGAUGCAGGUAACAGCAUUGCUGACCGGGAAACGGACGCUGUCCCGGAGGAAACGACCGCUUCAACAUCUGCUGAGAAUGCAACGAAAGGUACAGCCCGCGAACGCAGACGCGCUAUGAGUCGCGAACGCAGACGCGCUAAAAAGGAGACAGGGGUGGUUGCGGACCCAGCUGGGGAGGGAAUUGGGAGCGCAGAUGAAGCCGGGGCCUCUGUCACCCAAAGCGAAGACCAAAUCAACAAUGGAAUAACUCCAAAACCCCUCCCUGAUGAUAAUAAUCAGGUGCCUUGGUGGGAAACGCUGCGCUACGAAAAAACCUCUUCCAGCGGAGGCAACAACUCAGCGAAACAAUUAGAGGCCGUAGGCGGGGAUCACUCAAAGGCCGAUGCUGAAGAGUGGAUAACAGGAGGCCCGCACAUCAGCGAAACAGCGCUAAAGAGCUCGGAUGAUGGGCUUGCCGCUGUCUUUGAUACGGCAUUAGCGGCCUCGAGCGCACACCUCUUGUCCACGAAGGAGAUUUCAGUUGCGUCCUUGGAAGGUACCGAGGCAAGCACGGGAACUUCUGAUAUGUCGUCGGAAUCCUCGGCCAGCUCGCGAACCAGCUUGUCCACCGAGGAGACUGCAGUCGCGUCCUCGGAAGUUACCGAGACGAGCACGGGAACUUCUGAUAUGUCGUCGGAAUCCUCGGCCAGCUCGCGGACCAGCAUGGGCACAGAGGAUCAGCAGCAGGAGGAGAUCAUGCAAACGGCCGGAUCAGAAAGUGCUUCGGACAAGACCGAUGAUGCUACCGAAGUGUCCACGGGCGGGAACAGUCUGGUUUCAGAUGGAGCUCCGACGCUGCAAGAUGCGGCUGACCCCGAGGUAGCAUCCGAUUCCGAAGUGACGCCGAAUGUCGAUGGGUCAGAGGGAAGAAUCUCUGCAGCAAAUGUGGAGGCCCAAAUUCCAUUGGACGUAGCCGACGCCACCAGCAAGGCUACUGAGCGCGAAACGCAAGCAGAGCCACCGUCUGUCUCAACGGAGACGCGUGAAACGGUUUCGAUUGCAGGCGACAAGGAAGAUGAUAGGCUUACAACGAACACCACAGUCGUGGUAUCAGAAGUGGCAAGUUCCGACACCGUAGCAAAAGCCCUUGAGACGGAAAAGGAGGAAAAGAGUGCACCUUCGCCUGCGAAAAGCGGGAGCUACAAAGGCCUGAACAAGCAGGACCGUCUUAAAAACAAGCUUCGAAACUUGCUGAAAUUUUCUUCGAAGAAGUGAAGAUCGGCUUUGUAAAUAGUUUAUCGCUUUAUAGACAUUCGAUCGGACGGUCUGCACACGCAAGCUUUCUAACUGCAGAGAGGAAAAAGGGUUCGGCACUAUAAAAGGAAGCUGUGGCUGAA